AAACAGAUGAGUAGAGAUGUCGAGAUGAUGACUGGAAAACCACUGUCCGCCCCAGUGAAGAUCCUCUUGACCUGUGUGACGCCGGCUGUUUUGAUUAUCGUGUUCAUCUUGACCCUUCUCCGCUACCAACCACCGACCUACGGCAAGUACGUGUUUCCCAGCUACGCCCCUGUAAUCGGCUGGAUCAUUGCAGCGCUGCCCCUUCUCCCCAUACCUAUCUACAUGGUGAUGACUGUCAGGAGGCACAUGGCGACUCGUUCCUUCAAGAAGAGUGUGAAUCUUGCCUUGAGUCCUGCUGAUGACUGGCUCCCUGCCGAUGUCAGAUACAGGGAGGAGUACAGGAUGCACCACCUGGCUCGAAGACCAACCUUCAAGUCCAACAUCGUGGAUAUCUAUAAACAGUAAACGGAUGGCGUAGCAUCUUAUUGGUAAAACGUUCGCUCAUCAUGCUGAACUCACGUGUUCGAGUCAUUAGAUGGCUAAAAACAUGUCCACUGCCGUAAUAUUCCUGGGAUAUUGCUAAAAGCAACGAUAGCUCUAUUCAGUCAUAGGCAUGAAUGCUUCAACUUAUGGGGUGAAAGUCCGAUCAUUGGAAACCUUGGAAACAUCAUCGGAUUUAGAACCAUUACGACAUAGACAGCAUUCAUUAACCCUUAACUGGUAUGUAUAAACACGCAUCCACACACUGCAAACACACUAGUUAAACACAAUUUACAAUUUGACUUGUAUUAUCAGAUUGCAGACAUAUUUUGUUACAACCGGAGAACCGGUAUUAAACACAGUAUGCUGUACCUGAUCUCAAAUAAAUGAAAUAUCACA